CUUUCAUGCUUCUCAUCCAUCAAUCGCUCCCGCUGCUCCACACAGUUGGCGUUUCUAUUUUCGUUCGCAAAUUCUACACCAAAACAGACCAAAGCCGAGCAGCAGCAGCAGCCGUGCAAUGAAAAGUGCCAUUUUUCGUUCCUGGUGAGGAAUUAUCUACGACGCAGAAGCGCCAUGUCCCUGCAGGCCAUUUUCGGCGUGGUCACUUCGCUGGUCGUCGGGGUGGCUGUCGCGUUCGGAAUCUACGCCGUCGUCAGCCAGACCCAGAACCGACCCCAUCAGUAUCCUCCUGGUGGUUCCGGCAGAAGCCAACCGACGAGGCCGUCCGGCGGCGGUCGCAGAACGUCCCGAGCCAAGGCCACCGGAUCGCAGUGGCAGGGAUACAGUUCCGACGAUGACGUUGUUUGUUCGAUUUGCAUGGAGAAAAUCGAGGAAGAGGACGGAGCGGACAGCCGACCGAUAAAGCUGCGGUGCGGACACCUCUUCCAUGACAAUUGUAUCGCGCCGUGGGUGCCGAACCAGAAGUGUCCCAACUGCCGGGAGCAAAUGUGAUGUGAUGUGGAAGACGUGAAAUUUAGCGAUAUUCAUCAUUAAAUGCGUUCGAAAUAAGUUCCAGUGAUAAGUUAUGUGUGUGUGCUUAAUUAAACAAGUUAAUUGUUAAAUCCCGAAACGAUCUGCUAUGUAAUCAGUUUUAGUGAGAUUUUUGAGAUACUAAUAAAAAUCAUUUCCAACUAGA